AUGAAAACAGAUAAUGAUGUUUACGAUCAGCUGGAAGAGAUUACGAUCGAUAAAUCACUUCUUCCAGAUCCAAACAUAAUACCUGUUAAAUCUGUUGAAGGAUGGAUUAUAGUAGUUAGGGGAGUGCACGAAGAAGCACAGGAGGAGGAUGUGAGAGAUGCCUUUGAAAAUUUCGGCACUGUUAGAAAUCUGCACUUAAAUUUGGAUCGAAGGACCGGCUAUGUAAAGGGAUAUGCGCUAAUUGAAUUUGGAUCCCAAGAGCAGGCAAUUGAGGCCAUUAAGGGGAUGAAUGGAAAAGAACUGUUAGGUAAAAAUGUGGAGGUUGGAUGGGUUUUUGUUAAAGCCUAG